UAUGUGACACGAAGAACAUACAUCUGUUGUUUAAAUCACAGGAAGUUUGAGAGGGAGAAACAACCUCAAAAACAGUAUAAGUAUAUGGUCUCUCACACAUACACAUACACUUAAAUUGCACUACCAAGUUAUCUAUAUAUCUUAUGGCUAUGGCUGGACCAUCGUGGUUGGUGGAUAAAAGUAGCAUUGCAACCAAAAUAAGGUGUGCAUCGGGAGCAAUCGAGAGAGUUAUAUCGGAAAGCAAUCCUACCAUAGCUUGCCCCAAUUGCCAACAUGUUAUUGACAACAAUAGUGUAACACAAGAGUGGCCUGGACUGCCUAUAGGUGUUAAAUUUGAUCCGUCUGAUCAAGAGAUAAUAUCGCACUUACUUACAAAAGUUGGUGAAGGAAACUCAAAACCGCACCCUUUCAUCGAUGGAUUUAUCCCUACCAUUGAUAUGGACGAGGGUAUCUGUUAUACUCAUCCUCGAUAUUUACCAGGUGUUUCGUUCGAUGAAAGUGCUUCGCACUAUUUCCAUCGAGCAGUUAAGGCCUAUAAUAGUGGCAGUCGAAAGCGUCGAAAAAUAUAUGGUCAAGACGAUUCUUGUGAUGUCCGCUGGCACAAGACCGGAAAGACGAAACCUAUUCUUUUGAACGGGGUUCAUAGAGGAAGUAAAAAGGUUAUGGUUCUCUAUACAACACCAGAGAGUAAAGAUUUAUCUGGGAAAACUAAUUGGAUUAUGCAUCAGUAUCAUCUCGGGACAAAAGAGAACGAAAAGCAUGGAGAGUACGUUGCAUCGAAAGUCUUUUACCAGCAGCCGGAGCAUGUCAAACUGCGAGGCAAAGGUACUCAGGAUGAUCUUCAAACCGCUGAAAAAGUGAGUCCUGUCACUCCCAGUUCUGCGACUCGCGAGCCUAGUUGGAUCAAAAAGCAACGCCUGGAUAUCGACCAAGCGCGAGAAUCUCAUCAUUCUCCUGAGACUCCUCCGCUAAACCUUAAUGAGUUAGAAAGUCUGUUAUUUGAUAGUCGGGAUGACAAUGAUGAGCGCACGAAUAUAGAUCUGUCGAUGUUAACAACUCCGGUUAAUGAAGGGAUAGAUAACAUUGAUCUGUCGCAGAAUCUAUUGGAUCCACAACAACUUGCGGAAGCAUUUCCCUUGUUUACUGGUUCGAUUCAAAGUCAGUUUCCGAAUAAGGAUGGAGAAAACGGACAACAUAAUGAACAACAUAGUCUUUCUAUAAGUGCUCAUCUAGGACCAGACCAAUCGAAUGAUGAUAUCGAAGAGUGGCUAAAUCUUGACCGGGACAUUGCAAAGAAAAACGAUAUCGAAGAUCACCAAAAUCUUGACCUGAACAUUGCAAAGACGAAUGAUAUCGAAGAUUAUCAAAAUUUUGACCUUGGCAUUGCAAAGGAGAACAAUAUCGAAGAUUACCUAAAUCUUGACCUUGACAUUGCAAAGAAGAACGAUAUCGAAGAUUAUCAAAAUCUUGACUGUGACGCACCAACUACCGAUUUUCGAUUAAGUCAACUGGACUUCAUUUCGCAGGAUAGCUAUAUUGCUUGGGGUGGUAACAAGACAAUGGAGUAAUACUUUCUUCACCUGAGAUGAGAAGUGAAACUGUAAUCAAUACUUUUUAUUGUAUGAUGAAGUUGUGGAGUCAUAGUAUAUUGGAAUGUGGAACUUGACAUGUCCACUUAUAAAGAUACAUGUUGCUUGGUCACUAUGAAAGUGACAGAUACAUUGUUGUGUGUAUUACUAUCUUUGAAGGGUUUAUUGGUCCCAUAGACAAA